AUGUCGACGGGAGAAAGUUUUGAGUCUCGGUUUGAAAAAAUCGACGUGACUUUAAAGGACCCCAAAUCCGAAGUGAACGUGGACUGUUUGCUGGAUGGAUUAGAUGCUUUGGUAUAUGACUUGGAUUUUCCUGCCUUAAGAAAAAACAAAAAUAUUGAUAACUUCUUAAACAGGUAUAAAGACACAGUAAAUAAAAUGAGAGAUCUGCGCAUGAAAGCUGAAGAUUAUGAAGUGGUAAAGGUGAUCGGUAGAGGGGCAUUUGGGGAGGUUCAGCUGGUGAGGCAUAAAUCCUCAAGGAGAGUGUAUGCUAUGAAGCUUCUAAGCAAAUUUGAGAUGAUAAAAAGAUCGGAUUCUGCGUUCUUCUGGGAAGAAAGGGAUAUUAUGGCUUUUGCUAAUAGUCCCUGGGUUGUUCAGUUAUUUUAUGCGUUCCAAGAUGACCGUUACCUUUACAUGGUGAUGGAAUAUAUGCCUGGUGGGGACCUUGUGAAUUUAAUGAGCAACUAUGAUGUUCCGGAGAAAUGGGCAAGAUUUUAUACUGCUGAAGUUGUACUUGCAUUAGAUGCAAUUCACUCAAUGGGUUUUAUACACAGAGAUGUGAAGCCUGAUAAUAUGCUGCUAGAUAAAGCUGGUCAUUUAAAACUAGCAGAUUUUGGUACUUGUAUGAAGAUGAACAAGGAAGGUAUGGUACGAUGUGAUACGGCUGUGGGAACACCAGACUAUAUAUCUCCUGAAGUAUUGAAGUCUCAGGGUGGUGAUGGUUACUAUGGGCGAGAAUGUGACUGGUGGUCAGUUGGAGUCUUUUUGUAUGAGAUGCUUGUAGGUGAUACACCUUUUUAUGCAGAUUCUUUGGUUGGAACAUAUAGUAAGAUUAUGAACCAUAAGAACUCUCUUACUUUCCCUGAUGACAAUGACAUUUCUAAAGAGGCAAAAAACCUUAUAUGUGCUUUUUUAACUGACAGGGAAGUGAGGCUAGGACGAAAUGGUGUAGAAGAAAUAAAACGUCACCUUUUCUUCAAAAAUGAUCAAUGGGCUUGGGAGACUCUAAGAGACACUGUAGCACCAGUUGUGCCCGACUUAAGUAGUGACAUUGACACUAGUAAUUUUGAUGAUCUGGAAGAAGACAAAGGAGAGGAAGAAACGUUUCCCAUACCAAAAGCAUUUGUGGGCAACCAGCUUCCUUUUGUAGGAUUCACAUAUUACAGCAACCGUCGGUAUUUAGCUGUCUCUGCAGAAAAUUCCAAUGAUAACAGAACAGGCUCGAGCGUCGAUAAAAGUGUGCUGGAAAAUAUGCAGAAGAUGAUCUAUGAGUUGGAAGAACAACUACAUAAUGAAAUGCAGUUGAAAGACGAAAUGGAGCAAAAGUGCAGAUCUUCAAACAUAAAGUUAGACAAGAUAAUGAAAGAACUGGAUGAAGAGGGAAAUCAAAGAAAGAACUUGGAAUCAACACUGUCUCAGAUUGAGAAGGAAAAGAUGGUUUUGCAACAUAAAAUAAAUGACUACCAAAGAAAAAUUGAACAAGAGAAUGAAAAAAGACGGAAUGUGGAAAAUGAAGUGUCCACAUUAAAAGAUCAGAUGGAAGACUUGAAAAAAAUCAGCCAGCAUUCACAAAUUACAAACGAGAAGAUAACGCAAUUACAAAAACAACUAGAAGAAGCAAAUGAUUUGCUGAGGACAGAAUCAGAUACAGCAGCAAGGCUGCGAAAGGGUAACACAGAAAUGAGCAAGUCUUUAAGUCAGGUAGAAUCACUGAACAGAGAACUCCAAGAAAGGUGCAGAGUUCUAGAAAGCACAAAACUGCAGGUGGAGAAAGAUUAUUACCAACUACAAGCAGCUUUGGAGUCGGAACGAAGGGACAGAAGUCAUGGAUCUGAAAUGAUUGGAGAACUACAGGUUCGGAUUACAACUUUACAAGAAGAAGUAAAAAACAUUAAAAACAAUCUUGAAAGAGUUGAAGCAGAAAGAAAACAAGCACAAGAUAUGCUUAAUCAUUCAGAAAAGGAAAAGAAUAAUUUAGAGAUAGAUUUGAAUUACAAACUCAAAUCGUUACAAGACCGAUUAGAACAGGAAGUAAAUGAACACAAAGUGACUAAGGCUCGGUUAACUGACAAACACCAGUCAAUAGAGGAGGCAAGAUCAGUUGCAAUGUGUGAAAUGGAAAAAAAAGUAAAGGAAGAAAGGGCAGCAAGAGAAAAGGCAGAAAAUCGAAUAGUUCAAGCUGAAAAACAGUGUUCCAUGCUGGACUUUGACCUGAAGCAAUCUCAGCAAAAACUGGAACACCUUCUUGAGCAAAAGGAGAGACUAGAAGAUGAAGUAAAGAAUCUAACACUGCAGCUAGAACAAGAGACCAAUAAACGAAUAGUGGCACAAAAUGAAUUAAAGGCACAAGCUUUUGAAGCAGAUAACUUGAAGGGUUCUGAGAAGCAGCUGAAACAGGAAAUCAAUACAUUGUUAGAAGCAAAGAGAUUACUGGAAUUUGAGUUGGCUCAACUUGCUAAACAGUACAGAGGAAAUGAAGGUCAAAUGCGUGAGCUUCAGGAUCAGCUUGAAGCUGAGCAGUAUUUUUCGACACUUUACAAAACUCAGGUUAAGGAGCUGAAAGAGGAAAUCGAUGAAAAGAAUAAAGAGACUCAAAGAAAAGUGCAGGAGUUGCAAAAUGAAAAAGAAACGCUCACUACCCAGUUGGAUUUAGCUGAAACCAAAGCUGAGUCGGAACGGUUGGCACGAGCACUCCUUGAAGAACAGUAUUUUGAACUGAGUCAGGAAAGCAAAAAAGCAGCAUCAAGACAUAGGCAAGAAAUUACUGAUAAGGACAGCAUCAUAAGAAGGCUGGAAGAAACUAAUAACACAUUAACCAAAGACGUUGAUUUAAUAACAAAGGAGAAUUCAGAGAUCAGUGAAAAAAUUAAGAAACAGGAGGAAGAAUACAAAAUGAAAAAAGAGGAGGAAAUCAAUAACAUUAGAAUGCAUUAUGAGAAGAGCAUUAACACUGAAAGAACUCUGAAGACACAGGCUGUCAACAAACUGGCUGAGAUAAUGAAUCGGAAAGAUUUUAAGAUAGACAGGAAGAAAGCUAACAUGCAAGAUUUGAGGAAGAAAGAGAAGGAAAACCGAAAGCUCCAAUUAGAGCUUAAUCAAGAGAAAGAGAAGUUCAACCAGAUGGUAGUGAAAUAUCAAAAGGAGCUCAAUGAAAUGCAAGCGCAACUAGCAGAAGAAUCUACAUACAGGAAUGAGCUCCAGAUGCAGCUGGAUAGUAAAGAGAGUGACAUAGAACAACUACGAAGGAAAAUUUUGGACCUGCAGCAAGGAAUGGAUUCUACCAGUGUUGCUAGUCUCCAGCCAGAUGAAACAGAUGGAAAUCUUUCAGAAUCAAGACUUGAAGGUUGGCUUUCAAUACCAAACAAAGGAAAUAUCAAGCGGCAUGGUUGGAAGAAACAGUAUGUUGUGGUGAGCAGUAAAAAGAUACUGUUCUACAAUGAUGAAAAGGAUAAGGACCAGUCCAAUCCAUCCAUGGUCCUAGAUAUAGAUAAACUGUUUCAUGUCCGGCCUGUAACUCAAGGAGAUGUAUAUAGAGCUGAAACUGAAGAAAUUCCGAAGAUAUUCCAGAUUCUCUAUGCUAAUGAGGGGGAAUGCAGGAAGGAUUUGGAGGUAGAAGCAGUACAGCCGACAGAGAAGACAAAUUUUCUAAAUCACAAAGGCCAUGAAUUUAUUCCAACGUUAUACCACUUUCCAGCCAACUGUGAGGCCUGUGCCAAACCUCUUUGGCAUGUCUUUAAACCCCCUGCUGCCCUAGAAUGUCGAAGAUGCCAUGUGAAGUGCCAUAGAGACCACUUGGAUAAAAAGGAGGAAUUAAUUGCACCAUGCAAAGUGAGUUACGAUGUAACUUCAGCAAGAGAUAUGUUGUUAUUGGCAUCCUGUCAAGAUGAACAGAAGAAGUGGGUGACUCAUUUAGUAAAGAAGAUCCCUAAGACACCACCAUCUACUUUUGUUCGUGCUUCUCCUAGAACUCUAUCUACAAGAUCAUCAGCAAAUCAGUCGUUCCGAAAAGUUGUUAAAAAUACUUCUGGAAAAACUAGCUAACCACAUGUACAGUGCUUAAUGGAAUCUCAUGGGAUGCAGUCUGAGAAACAGGGCUUUUUUUAACCACACAGAGCAGUGCAGACGGGCUGUUGUUCCUUUCAACAUAACUAUCACAGGCUUCAGGGUUAAGAUUGCUAUUACUGUCUCCUCCUUGCUUUGGCACAAAAGCACGCUGAGGGUGUUUAAUUGCGGGUUUGCCUAAAGGUAGAUUAGAUUAAUUAUUACUAUGUAAUGCAAGUUAAAGCAAAUAAAGCUUAGCUAGAUAUAUAAAAAAAAAAGGUGCUGCCUUUUUGGAUUUAAAAAAAAGCCUGUCAAUCAUGAUGAAAUGCAGCCAACUUUCUUUGUGUCAGUGAAAGAAAAGGACUAUUUACCCUGUGAAGGGGAUAUUUAUGUCAAGAUGAGCACAUGAAAUGGAGAAGAGAAGGAAGGUUUCUCAAUGAGGACUGCAAUUGCUUUCAAGACUCAAAGUUGUGCUCUUGAAGACUGCAGAACGAGCUUAAAAAUGAAGCCUUAUCACUUGAACUUCAGUGCCUUCACUGCAGAGUUCGUAACAGCCUUAAUGCUAACCACCCACUAUGGAAUGGAUCAAAGUGUUAAAUAUUUUACAUUAUGCUUUACAAAAUACUGAUUCAGCAGGUUUGUGAAGGGGGAAAAACAAGUAAUUGCCUUUAAUCUAUGCAUUUUGCCAAGCCAUACUGAAUUAUUUUACUAUUAGAGGCAUUAGAAACUAACAGUGGAAAGAACCACCGAGUUUGGAAGCAUAUUUGGGAGUACAUAAUUUCUAUAACUGUAUAAUGUAUUGCCUUGCGGUUUUAAGUGAUAACAUACGUACAUUAAGUUAACAAACAUUUAAGAAAUAUAUGCACUGUUUGAACUGUAAAUUAUUGUUAGAACACUUUUACUGGGUUUUACAUUGUCCUUUUAGUGCCUUAAUUUGAGAUAAUUGUAUUGUUGCCAUGUCUAUAAAUGUAGAAAUCUAAAAACUAAACAAAGGAAACCUCUAAAAA